AUGUCUCUGGGAAGAACUUUCAAACUCAACUCGGGAUACAACAUCCCCGCCAUCGGACUGGGAACUUGGCUCUCAAAACCUCACGAGGUUGAGAAUGCCGUCGAGGCAGCGUUGCGCGCAGGAUAUCGCCAUAUCGACGCUGCAGCAUGCUACCAGAAUGAGAAUGAAGUAGGAAACGGCUGGAAGAAAUCGGGUGUGCCUCGGGACCAGAUCUUUAUCACUAGCAAGUUAUGGAACACACAUCACCAUCCCGAACAUGUCGAGGAGGCAGUCAGCAAGACCCUUAAGGACCUUCAGACGGACUACCUGGAUCUAUACUUGAUCCACUGGCCCGUCGCAUUUGAACAUACAAACGAAACUCUCACGCCUAUCGAUCCGGUCACGAAGCGAUUCCGUUUAGCGAACGUUCCUAUCGCCGAGACAUGGGCUGCUCUGGAGAAGCUCGUGGAGGCGGGCAAGCUCCGAAGCAUCGGUGUGAGCAAUUUCACACAGGACAAGAUCGAUGAUCUUCUUAAGACGGCCAAGAUUCCCCCGGCUGUCAACCAAAUCGAGGCCCAUCCUUAUCUCCAACAGCCCAGUCUGCAUAAGUACCUGAAGGAGAAGAAUAUCUUAUCUGUCGCAUACAGUCCUCUGGGCAACAACAUCUACAACGCCCCACGUGUUGUCGACGACCCCGCAGUCAAAGCGAUCGCCGAUAAAUUAGGCAAAGACCCAGCCGCCGUUUUGAUCUCGUGGGCUGUCCAGCGCGGCACUGCCGUGCUGCCGAAGAGUGUCACUCCCUCGCGAAUCGAAAGCAACUUCCAGGAUUUCAUUAUUCCCGACCCUGAAUUCGAAGCCCUGAACCAACUUGACCGUAACCAAAGAUACAACUUCCCCUUCCGUUGGGGAAUUGAUGUCUUUGGGGAAGUGGGAGCUGAAGAAACAGAGAGGCGGGCGGAGGAGCAUGCUGCGAAGCAGAGAGAGGGAGCUUAG